AUGAGAGGAGUCAUUAAAGAUAAGCAGCGUGCUUCUCAGCAGUUCUCCAAACUUCAAGCAGCCAUGAAGGUUUUGGGCAUAACUCCAGAUGAGCAGAGAGCCUUCUGGCUUGUUCUUGGUGCCAUCUACCAUCUUGGAUCUGCUGGAGCAACUAAAGCUGGCAGGAAACAAUUUGCACGUCAUGAGUGGGCCCAGAAGGCGGCCUACCUGCUGGGCUGCACCCUGGAGGAGCUCUCCUCUUCCAUCUUCAAGCACCAGGCCAAGGGCACCCUGCCCAGAGCCAGCACCACCCGCCAGGGCCCAGACGAGUGCGGAGCUGGAGAUGCAGGAUCAAAGGCUACGGCUAUGGAGUGCUUGGAGGCCAUGGCAUCAGGGCUCUACUCUGAACUUUUUACCAUUCUUAUUUCAAUGAUAAAUCGGGCCUUAAAAUCCAGCCAACACUCACUGUGCUCCCUGCUCAUUGUGGACACGCCGGGCCUGCAGAACCCUCGUCUGGCCAAACGGGAGUGUGGAGCUACAUUUGAAGACCUGUGCCACAACUACACCCAAGAGCGACUGCAGACACUCUUCUACCAGCGAGCAUUUGUGCAGGAGCUGGAGAGAUACAAGGAGGAGAACAUCGAGCUUGCAUUAGAUGACAUAGAACCCAGCACCUCCAUGUCUGUUGCCGUAGUUGAUCAAGCCUCAAGCCAAGCACUGGUGCGGGCUGGUCGUACAGAUGAGGCCAGGGGUUUGCUGUGGCUGAUGGAGGAGGAGGCGCUGCAGCCAGGAGGGUCAGAGCAAACUCUUCUGGGGCGCUUGUUUAGCUACUAUGGGCCUGCAGAGGGGGAGAGCAAAGGUCACACAUUGCUCUUGAAGAGUGAGAAGGACCAUCACUUCCUGCUGGCACACAGUCAUGGUACAGACUGGGUGGAGUACAACACCAAUGGGUGGCUUAACUACGCCAAGCACAACCCUGCCUCAUCUAAUGCUGCCUGCCUCUUGCAAGACUCCCAGAAAAAGAUCAUCAGUUCAUUGAUCAUGAGCAGAGGUGGAGGGGCCACUGUCCUGUCUGGUUCUGUAGCAGGCCUGGAGGCAGUUUCACAGCUGUCUCUGCGGAGAGCCACCAGCAUGAGGAAGACCUUCACUACUGGAGUGGCAGCCAUAAAGAAGAAGUCACUCUGCAUACAGAUCAAACUGCAAGUGGAUGCACUCCUUGACAUGGUGCGGAGGUCCAAAAUUCACUUUGUUCACUGCAUAUUGCCUAAGGCUGAUGCCCUAAAGGCUCUCAGUGGAUCCCUGUUCAAAGGAGGGGAAUGCGAGACUCCAGGGGAAAAUGGUGAUCCUGGAUUAAUGCAGCUAGAUGUUGCAUUGCUCCGCGCUCAGCUACGUGGCUCCAAGCUGCUGGAUGCUCUUCGGAUCUAUAGACAAGGCUAUCCACAUCACAUGGUGUUUUCAGAGUUUCGGAGACGCUUUGAUGUCCUGGCCCCGCACCUCACCAAGAAGCAUGGGAGGAAUUACAUUGUGAAGGACGAGAAGAGAGCUGUGGAGGAGCUACUGGAGUCCUUGGAUUUGGAAAAGAGCAGCUACCACAUGGGUUUGAGCAGGUUGUUCUUCAGAGCUGGCACCCUGGCUAAGCUGGAGGAGCAACGAGAUGAGCAAACGAAGCGUAAUAUAAUUCUCUUCCAAGCUGCCUCCAGAGGAUACCUGGCACGGCAAGCCUUCAAGAAGAGAAAGAUACAAGACUUAGCGAUCCGCUGCAUCCAGAAGAACAUCAAGAAGAACGAUGGGGUGAAAGACUGGCCCUGGUGGAAGCUCUUUACCACUGUGCAGCCUCUGAUUAAGGUCCAGCUGACUGAGGAACAGAUGAAAGGCAAAGAUGAGGAAAUUCAGCAGAUGAAAGCAAAGCUGGAGAGAGUGGAAAAAGAGAGGAACGAGUUGAGGCUGAACACAGAUCGAUUGGAGAGCAGAAUUGCUGAUCUGGUAGCAGAAUUGGCCGAUGAGAGGAGCACGAGUGAAUCAGCUUCUCAGAUGCUGGAGGCUGAGACGUCAGAGAGACUUCGCCUGGAGAAGGACCUCAAGGAUCUACAGGGCAAAUUUGAAGGCAUGAAGAAGCAAAUGGAAGCCCAGGAGAUGGAGGUGAUGGAGGCUCGACUCAUGAAAACCUCAGACUUAAAUGGAGAGCUUGACGAUGAUGAUUCUGGAGGAGAGUGGCGGAUCAAAUACAACCGAGCCAUUCGUGAAAUGGAGUUCACCAAAAAGAAACUCCAACAAGAGUUUGAGGACAAGCUGGAAACAGAGCAGCAGAGCAAAAGACAACUGGAAAGAAAGGUGGCUGAUUUGCAGACAGACCACGAGGAUGUGCAGCGCUCUGUGCAGCAGCUGAAAAAGAAAUGCCAGAAACUGACGGCUGAGCUGCAGGACACCAAGCUCCACCUGGAGGGCCUGCAGAGCCGCAACCACGAUCUGGAGAAGAAACAGCGCAAAUUUGACCUGGAGCAGAGCCAGACUCAGGCCGAGGCCCAGAGAGAGCGUAGCCAGAGGGAGAAACUGGCCCGUGAGAAAGACAUCCUGACUGCUGAGAUGUUUAACCUCCGUCAGCAGCUGCAGGACAAGGACGCAGAGCUGUGUGCGGCUAAUGUGAAAGUGCAGCAGCUGGAGGCCGAGCUACAAGAAAUUUCCUCCCAGGAGUCCAAGGAUGAAGCCUCACUGGCCAAAGUCAAGAAGCAGCUCCGUGACCUGGAGGCCAAGGUCAAAGACCAGGAGGAGGAGCUGGAUGAACAGGCCGGGACUAUACAGAUGCUGGAGCAGGCCAAACUGCGCCUGGAGAUGGAGAUGGAAAGGCAGCGGCAGACCCACUCCAAAGAUAUUGACAGCAAAGAUGAAGAAGUGGACGAGAUCAGGCGUUCCUGUAGUAAGAAGCUGAAGCAGAUGGAGGUGCAGUUGGAGGAGGAGUAUGAGGACAAGCAGAAAGUCCUACGUGAAAAACGAGAUCUGGAGUCCAAGCUGUUGAAUGCCCAGGACCAGGUGAGCCAGAGGGAUGUGGAGACGGAGAAGAGGCUGAGGAAAGACCUGAAGAGAACCAAGGUCCUACUGGCUGAUGCACAGAUUAUGUUGGACCAUCUGAAAAGUAAUGCUCCCAGCAAGAGGGAGAUCGCACAGCUCAAAAAUCAACUGGAAGAGUCAGAGUUCACCUGUGCAGCAGCUGUAAAGGCCCGGAAAUGUAUGGAGUUGGAAAUGGAGGACCUUCACAUCCAAAUAGAGGACAUCGCAAAAAAUAAAAUUUCGUUGGAGGAACAGGUCAGCCGUCUGCAGAGAGAAAAGAACGAUCUUCAGUCCAGAAUGGAGGAAGACCAAGAGGAUCUAAAUGAACUGAUGAAGAAACACAAGGCUGCAGUCGCCCAGUCUGCCAGGGACUUGAACCAGAUCAGCGACCUGCAAUCCCAGCUGGAAGAGGCCACAAAGGAGAAGCAGGAGAUCCAAGAAAAGCUCCACUCCCUGCAGAGUCAGCUGGAGUUUCAGGAGCAGUCGAUGGUGGAGAAGUCUCUGGUCAGUCGGCAGGAGGCUAAGAUUCGAGAGCUGGAGACCAAAGUGGAGUAUGAGAAGACCCAAAUUAAACGCUUGGAGAGUUUAGUGACCCGUUUAAAAGAAAAUCUGGAGAAGAUGACUGAGGAGAGAAACCAGCGCAUCGCAGCAGAGAACCGUGAAAAAGAGCAGAAUAAGAGAGUCCUGAGACAGAUAAGGGACAUGAAGGAGGAGAUGACCGAGCUGUCCAAGAAGGAGGCAGAGGCCAGCCGCAAAAAGCAUGAACUGGAAAUGGACAUAGAGAGUUUAGAAGCAGCCAACCAGAGCCUACAAAUGGAUCUGAAACUGGCCUUCAAAAGGAUAGGUGACCUGCAAGCAGCCAUCGAAGACGAGAUGGAAAGCGAUGACAAUGAUGAUCUUAUAAACAGUUUGCAAGAUAUGGUGACAAAAUACCAGAAACGAAAGAACAAAACUGGCGAUGAAACUGAGACCGAUUCGGAGGUGGAGGAUCGUGUGGAUGGAGUUAAGUCUUGGCUUUCGAAGAACAAAGGCACAGCUAAACCCCAGCCAGAAGAAGGCAGUCUGAAGAGCACUAGAUAUGCAAAUGCAGCAAAUGCAGAUGUUGUCGAUGUAAAAGAAGGUAAGGAGAAAACCACAGAUGGAGGGAAAGAUGGAAAAGUGGAAGUGGAACCUCUCCGAUCAGUGUCUGUCAUGAGUUCACUGAGCUACAGGAAGCGCUCCAACCUCAAGGACUCCAUAGGGGGCACUGGUGAUGAGAGCUCACUCUUUAGCACUCUGAAAGAACAAAUGGACACGCCAGACCACGCUUCUAUCCGCAAAUCCAAGUCCAAACCCGGAGACCAGCAGGAUGACUGGAAGAAGAGCCAGGCUUCAGACGAUCUGGAUGACAAAGGAUCCGUCAUCUCCAUGGCCUAUUCAGAAGCCACCAGUCGGGCCAGGAAGAGCUUUGAUUCCCGCUGGACAUCCAAAAGCAGCCCUGAGUACGACAAGGAGUCAGUGGUCUCUUCUGUUCGGCUUUCCACCAGGAGCAGGGGAAUGCUAGACUUGGACGAUGACGAUAACAAGUCCACUAUCAGCAGUGUUAGCCGCACAAGUCCUCGCUCUGUUCACCGAAGUUCCUCCUGGAAAGACGAGAGAAGAAGCAGCUCCCGUUUGUCUCUAGCACGAAGCUGUGGCCUUAGCGAGUUCGGCCUCAAUGUUGACGACGACGAUGAUAGUCGCAGUGUUGCUUUUACAGAGGGAGGCACGUCCGCUUACAGCCCACGCUCUCUCAGUCGAAGUUUCUCCAACCCGGGUCAAUCCACCACAGCAGAUCUACCAGAAUUGUCCGACAUCAAAACUGUCUCUCACCGCAACUAUUUAGACCCCGAUCUGGAGGCUGCCAUCAAUGAAGUGCUAAGUUUCAAGCCUAUUAAGUUCAAACGCAGCAAACUUGAUGAAUCUAGUGAAGAGGAAGGUGAGGAUAAGAAAAGAGAAGACAGUCGAAAGAAAGAUGAUGAAGGAUUGGGUACUUCUAGCUCGGCUUUGGACUACAGAAGUCGUCCGUCAAGCACUUUGAGCACCAGCAGCUCCAGAAGCCGCAGAGAUAAAAAAUCCAAAGUCUCUCUAUCUGAUGAUUCUUCUUCAGAUGAUAGACACAGUAGAAAGAGCUCCAGGGGGAAGAAAGGCAAAAAAUCUAAGAAAAGAGGAAAGAAAAAAGUUAGCGAAUCUGAAUCUUCAUCCUCUGAGUCUUCAUCAUCAUCAGAGUCAUCUUCGGGGUCCACCAUCUCGUACCGCAGCUCCAACAGUGUUAAAAGAGCGCCAACUAAAGGAUCUGAUGAUGAGAAGGAAUCAGCAGGGCCAAGUAAAAAAGAUAGUAAGAAGAAGCAGAAGAAAAUGGACAGUUUGGUGAUGAAGUACCUCUACAAGCCAGACAGCGACUGAGCCCACACAAGCAGCCCUCCUGUGUGCCAGAGCAACCCGGUUUUGGGCAGAUCUGAUGAGGAAGACAAGGUGGACAAAGACUCCAGCAGGCAGUCCCCGAGGCACAGCAACACCGCAGACCAAACUGAGGUCACAUAAUGCUUCCAG